AUGGGUACAAAAUAAACCUUGAAUAUAAAUUAAUUCUUAAUAAAAUAAAAUGUUAAAACCAAGAAUGAUAGAAAAUGUAAAAGAUUUUUGCUGCUCUAAGAACAUAAGCUUCCAGUCGUUACAAUAGCCCUUGAUUUAAAAUUAUCAAGAGAUUAUAGACUCCUGUGCACAAAAUUUUCAGAAAGUACAGACAUAAAUAGCAAAGCUGUUGUAUUGAAUAAAAUUAUUUCAUUAAUUUAAUAAAAUUAAGUAAAGAAGAUGGAAAAAGUGGAAAGUACCAUAAUUAAUUAAAAUUAAUUAAAUAUUGACAAAGUUUAGUUGAUCAAAUGA